UUUAAAGAAAAUAAACAAUUAAAAUUUUAAUUUUUUCAAAAUUAAUUGUGAUUAAUUCUUAAAAUGCUGGUGACUACUUAUCAACACGAUUAUGUUCCCCCAUUCACAAAACGAUAUGAUUUCUUUAAAGGCCAGGCUGUAGCUGACCAACAAGAAAAAGUCGAAUGUCAGUGCAUAGAGGAAAAUAAAGUAGACAUUCCUAAAGUAAUGCAGAACCAGUGUGCCGUAGAAUGGACGGGUGUAGCACCAAUGGGACGUUUAAUAGAUCCCCGAAUAAUACCUACACAAUUUUCCAGCGAGCAACUUGAUGCUUUGAUCGGAGAAUCUAAAAACGAUUGUUUUAAGGAACAACCAAAUCGAUUUCUUAAAAUAUUACGUACUGCCUACCCAGAUCUUUAUGAGCGACUCAAACAAAUGCCCAAGGAUGAACUCAAUAGACGUUUAGAGCGUGACCGCAUGUACACGACAUAUCAGAUAGAUUUUUGUAAUAUAAAUGAAUAUCCAGAGGGCAUUUAUGAGUCUCUCAAAGUGGAAGAUGAGACUAGUAAGCUGAAUGCAAGCAAACUAUUGCAGCGACAGGAACCAUGUGCUGAGUUAAGAGCUAAUGUUAUGCAAGAGUUGUCAAAAGAAGGUGCCAGCGACAAACCAAACAGUCACGACGCCUGCGAAAAAAUCUAUAAACCCUUUAAAAUAUCAUUUGCUGACUCUUCGCGCUUUAUCAAAUCUGGAAAUAAUUCCCACUGGCGCAGUAACGUUUUCACUAAGAGAGCCAAGUUCACCGAAUAUAUGGAUACCAUUAAUAAGAUAGGUUGUGUCAUUAUGAAAAACAAUAUUCACGAUCAUCAGAAAUGCACAGGAAAACAUUGUAGGCAUCAACUGAUUCAUGCCUGCACCAAUUUGAAAUGAAUGUAUGUAUAUGAAAUUUCAACAAGUCGAACGAGGUUAAUAAGUAGAAUUUAUAUUUUAAUUUAACUUAAAUUUUCACAAAUUUUAUGUUUUUAUUUUGUCACUAAAAAUAAAUAAAUAAAUAAAGAAAUAAAUAU